AUGUCUGAGACCAAAGCAGAAAGUCCGCUGUCUGCCCCAGAGGACGACCAGGACGAGGUGACAGAGGCCGUGUGUCUGGAGUCGGACCUCAAGGAGGGACAGAUGAUGGAGGUGGAGGUCGGAGGUCACACGCUGCUGCUGACCAGGACCGAGGGCAAAUACUCUGCUCUGGAAAACCAGUGCACCCACUACGGCGCUCCUCUCUCCAAAGGGGUGAUUUCUGGGACCCACGUGCGCUGUCCGUGGCACGGCUCCUGCUUCAACACUCACACUGGAGACGUGGAGGAGUUUCCUGGAAUGGACAGUCUGCCCUGUCACAAGACCAUCAGACAGGGGAAAAGGAUUAAACACAUGGGAGGAGCGGAGCCGGGAAACUCUCGCACAGCUCUGCUCAUCGGUGGAGGAGCCACGUCUCUGAGCUGCGCCGAAACUCUCCGACAGGAAAACUACAGCGGUCGCAUCAUCAUGGUGUCGCGGGAUUAUCUCCUGCCGUACGACAAGACGCGUCUCAGCAAGGUGAUGAAUGUGCAAAGCGAGAGCAUUCUGUUGAGAGGGAUGGAGUUCUAUCAGAAAUAUGACAUCGAAGUUUGGCUCAAGAAAGAGGCGAAGUGUCUGGACACCGAGGCCAAAACAGUGACGUUUGACGAUGGGACGGUUCAGAGCUACGACCAUCUGCUCAUCUCCACCGGCUGCAGAGCGAAGGUGCUGGACGUCCCGGGGAUGGACCUGAAGAAUGUGCUGAUGUUGGAAACUCCUGAAGACGCACGACAGAUCCACGCCGUCUGCGAGGGCACCCGCGUCGUCCUCGUGGGAACCUCCUUUGUCGGGAUGGAGGUGGCCUCCUACAUGUUGAACAAAGCGUCUGACAUCACAGUGAUAGGCAGCAGCGACAUCCCGUACCAGAACACUCUGGGGAAAGAGAUUGGGAAGAUCACUCUCCAGAUGUUGGCAGAGAAAGGCGUAAAGUUUCACAUGAACGAGUUUGUGACAGAGAUCCGAGGAGCGAACGGGACGGUAAACUCUCACAUCACAGUCCGUCUUUACAAGAGCCGCAGACUUAAAAUGUUUGUUUGUUUUCAGUUGAAGGACGUGGUGUUGAAAAGUGGAGCCGUGAUUCCUGCGGAUGUUUUGAUCGUUGGUAUCGGUGUCAACCCAAACUCAGAGUUACUUCGAGGGACUGACGUGAGACUGGACCACAAGAGAUUUGUCGUUGUUGAUAAGUUUAUGAAGACCACAGUCCCGGAUGUGUUUUGUGGAGGUGACGUCUGCACCUUCCCUCUGACCAUUGCCGAAGACCAGCAGGUGAACAUCGGACACUGGCAGAUGGCUCAGGCUCACGGGAAGGUAGUGGCUCUGAACAUGUUGGGUAGAGCGACACAACUGAACUCUGUCCCUUAUUACUGGACCGUCCAAUUGGGGAGAACCAUACGAUACGCAGGCUUUGGCGAGGGCUACACUGAGAUCAUUAUUAAAGGAAAGGUUGAAGACCGGAAGUUUCUGGGACUGUACAUAAAAGAUGAACGAGUGGUGGCAGCGGUCAGCCUGAACUUUGAUCCCGCGGUGUCUGCAGUGGCCGAGCGGCUGCUGUCGGGGCCAGUCAUCACCAAAAUGGAGGCACAGUAG